AACUCCAGCACUCCCCCCAGAAAAAUUCCCUCGCGUCUCCCACUUUCUUGAUCCCAAUAGCCUCACCAAAUUCCCCUCAGCAUUCUAUUCUUUCAGCGCCCGCCCGCUGUAGGCAAGCCAGCCCGAGCACCAGCGCAAAUCCACCAGCGUGCAAUCGAACAAUUUGAUCAACACCAACGCCGCGCUGAAUUAAUUUCGGCACGACUGAACCCCAGCGUCGCUAGCAUCUGCUACCGAGCCGUCCCAACACCCACAAACCACCACCCCGCGGAUUCCAGGCAUCUCGCCCAGCAGCAUCAAUGGCGCGCCCUCCCAAGAACAAGGCCCCAGUGGUUGAAAACGUAGUUGCAAGCAGCUCGAUGCCUCCUCCGCCCCGCCAAAUCGACGUCGAGGGUUUCGUGCGUGUCCGCGACUCUGUUUACUCGAGACUGGUCAGCAUCCAGAACCUCCUCCAGCAGUUCUCGGGAGACUACUUGAGACAGACCAAUUUGCUGCUUGGUUUCGGCGAUGGACCGCUCGACAAUGCUGUCGAGUUCGGAGGGCUCGAGGGCAUGGUGAACCUCCUCCCUGCUACUGGCCUCGUGCCCAUGCCGGCCGAGGAGCCUAAGAAGGAGCGCAAGAAGCGCCACCAUGACCCCAACGCCCCUAAAAGGCCCCUGACCCCCUACUUCCUGUACAUGCAGACUGCCAGGCCCAUCAUCGCCGCCGACCUAGGCUCGGACGCGGCCAAGGGCGCUGUGCAGGAGGAGGGCCAGCGCCGGUGGGGCACCAUGUCCCAGGCCGAGAAGGCCGGCUGGGACCAGGCCUACCAGUACAACCUGCGCCUGUACAACGCACGGGUGCACUCUUACAAGCACGGAAACCCCGGCGCCAAGGAGAUGUCGGACGAGGACGCUCAGCAGUACGCUGAGCAGCACAGCAUCCCUAUGCCUACCGGCAAGGACGUGGCCGCCGCCGUCGUUGAGGUCGGCAACGACCAGGACGCCAUCGCGCAGCAGCUUCAGGGCGCCGUCGUGGACGAGCCCGAAGAGGAGGAGGAGGAGGAGGCCGCGCCCGAGAGCCCGCCCGUGGCUAAGACCCCCAAGUCGACCAAGAAGGGCGCGGCCGGCAAGCGUAAGAGCGCGGCCGCCUCGACCCCCGCCGAGCCUCCCACGCCUGCACCAAGCGAGAGCACAACCAAGAAGCGCAAGCGGCAGUCCAAGGCCGCCGAGGAGAAGCCCGAGCCCGAACCCAAGAAGUCGGGCCGCACCAAGAAGGCCAAGUCAGGCUAGGCGGCUGAUGCUGAGCUUGAGAACAUUGAUCCUGCUCUUCUCGAUGAAUGAGGAGGUCAUGGAACACAACACAUCACACAAAAAAAAACACAAGCAAACAAGGCAAAGCCAGUCGAAUUCUUAUGAUACCAGUUGCGCGCGCGCGAGCCUCUUCUUGCCCACGCUGCGUUCUCCUUCCCGGUUAUUUUUUUUUUUUAUGGCGGCGGCUUUGGUUAUCUACUAGACUCACGCUCCCUCGGCAACUCAAGUCACCUUCCUGCGGAUUCCUUGGGCGCUCUGGUGUUUCGGCGUCAACUUUUCUGAGGGGGCAACAGGGAUUUGGGGCCAGGGGGGGCUGAGGAGGGGCUGAUCUGCCGGGAAUAUCUACUUUUCCUACAGGGCGGUUUUCUGUUUGUUUUUUUUCCUCUUCUCUCUACCUUGUCUUUCUUGAGACCUUGUUCUUAAACGUACUGUAUGAAACAUCAUGACGGCUGUGUCGGACAGCAAAUUUUAUACUGGUGGGACGAGUUUUUAUAUACCGACUGGAUGGAGGAGCAGGCCUGCGGAGGCCGUUGGGGCUCAGUCGGUUUCUGGAGACGGACGAGGGGGGAACUCGGGUCCGUCGAAAGUAUUCGGCCAUCAACAAAACACUGUUAUCAUAUCUACCCGGUCGCGGAGAAGGAAGCAUCUGGAAGUGAGCCUGCGAUGGAAAUUAUGCGCUUCUUGUUCAAAAAAUCACUAUUAGUACUUUAAGAGGCACCCGCGCCCAUGUGACCGAGAAUAUGUCGUCCUUUGUAUUUCCCAACACAGCUGGCCCGAGCCAGCAAACCCCAACUUGUAAACACGAACAAGAAGAAUAAAAUAAAAUAAAACAUCAAGG